GACUACUCCGCACUGCCGAAGGUCACAGCGGUGUGAAUCAGCUGGGCGGUGUAUUCGUUGGAGGACGCCCCCUGCCGGACAGCACCCGGCAGAAAAUUGUCGAAUUGGCACAUUCCGGAGCAAGGCCUUGCGACAUAUCGCGAAUACUGCAAGUCUCCAACGGAUGUGUCUCCAAAAUACUCGGCAG